UGGUUUCAUCGUCUUCUCCUUCUAACUUGCGUGGAUCAACCGUCGCAGGAAACGCCGUUGUUGAUAUCCCGGUUAGUUGUUACCAGCUGAUCGGCGUUUCGAGUCAAGCCGAGAAAAAUGAGAUUGUGAAGUCGGUGAUGAAUUUGAAGGGUACCGAGGUUGAUGAUGGUUACACUAGUGAUGUUGUUGUUUCUCGACAGGAAGUUUUGAUGGAUGUAAGGGAUAAGCUGCUUUUCGAAACGGAUUACGCCGGAAAUGUGAAAGAGAAGAUUCCCCCGAAAUUAUCUCUUCGAAUUCCAUGGCGUUGGUUGCCUGCUGCUGCUUGCCUUCUUCAAGAGGUGCAAUUCUCCACUGAUCCACCCCCUAAUUUGUAGUUUAUUAUAAUAAGA